AAGUAUUACACAUACAGUUAUUGUUAUAUCGUAAGUUACAUAGAAUGACUGUAGUAUUACUUUUAGUCGACACAAUGCAUGUGAGGAAUGUAUUCAGAACUGCACCUGAUUUUAAGGAACUUGGUGAACUCUAUCCUGAUCUUCAGAGCCACCUCAUACAGGUUCGCAAAGAUUACUACACAAUAAACUUCAAGGACCCGGAAGCGCUGAACAUUCUGACCUGUUCGUUAGCAUCUCACUACUUUGACAUUACUCUGGAUAUUCCUUCUAACAGACUUAUACCCACACUUCCACUAAGAAUGAACUAUCUUCUCUGGAUUGAGGAUUUGCUGUCUUACCGCACGACUAGUGAUAACGUUGUUGGUAUAGACAUAGGUACUGGUGCCUCAUCAGUGUACGCUCUACUAGGAUACAACAACUUUGGGUGGACAUUUCUAGCAACGGAAACAGACGAAACUUGUUAUAAAGCUGCUGUGAACAAUGUUCUUAUCAACAGUUUACAUGAUAAGAUAGCUGUGAAACAUGUUAAAAGUGACGGGGACAAGCUUUUAGGAAAUCUAGGUCCAGACCGACAGUACACCUUCUGUAUGUGUAACCCGCCCUUCUUUGAGGACACUGAGAACAUGACGGGCUUUGCCAGGUCCCUGAACAGAGCCUCUCCUAAAUCUGUCUGUACUGCUACUCCUGUAGAAGUGAUAACAGACGGAGGAGAGGAGCAGUUUGUGGGGGACAUGGUAACAGAGAGUCUCACACUGGGAACACAGGUGUUGUGGUAUACCUCCAUGUUGGGCAGGAAGACCUCACUCGACCACAUUCUGGGCAGGUUGGCUGAGUGUGGGGUAGCGAGGAUUGCUACUACUGAGUUUAAACAGGGAAACACUACUCGGUGGGGAGUAGCCUGGUCUCUUGAGCCUUCAAUACCCCCUCUCCUAACACCCAACUCUAAGAAAGUCUCUACAACCUACAGUUUUACCACAGAAUGCAGCUCGCCCCAGAAAGUAAUCACACGUUUACAAGCGAGCUUGGCACAGCUGCACGUGCAAGAAGUCACUUGUCCUGGAGAGAAGACUGAGUAUUGCACGUGGUUAACCGCUUGUGAGAACACGUGGUCUCACAGUAGGAGAAAGAGGAGGAAAGGAGGUUCCAAAGAGCCAGCUAAAAGACUUUGCACUGUUGGUAGUAAUUCAGAUCAGACAUUGACAAAGAGUUUGAAGACUCUCAGUAAUGACAAUAACAAUGUUAACAAUGUUAACUAUGUUAAAACGGCAGAACAAGCAGAGAAUCCGAGCAGUAAGUCGUAUAAACCUUGUCUAUUUCACUGUCUGUUGUCCGUUGAGAAAACAGAGAAUGGGGUUUCGGUAGAUUUAACAUGGAUAUUUGGGUCGGAUAAAGAUUCUUUGAAUCAGUUUUGCUGUUUUCUAGCUAAAUGUAUUAGUAAUUCUACGAAAGAUCCAUGUGGAUGAGUUUUUAAAGUUAAGCUUUUUUAAUUAUUUAUACCCAUCAGAUUGAUGAAAGUUUUAAAAAUUUAGAUGUAUUUUAUAAUUUAUUAUCUCAAUAUUUUUUAUCA